GAAACGGUGCGUGACGGAAAGUCACUCUGCCGAAGUCACUCUUGUAACAGGUACAAGACUUUUCUUUCAAAGCGUUCUGGCGAAGAAGCGUAAAAUCAGGAGAAAACUAUCAGGAACCAGGGGGAGUUGAUUUAUUUGGCUUUGGGACCAUUUGAGCCCCCCCACCCCACCCCAGAAUGGCAAACUCAGAAGAGAUAAACGAGAUGCCUGAGCGAAGACUAGUCAUAAUCGGUGCUCGAGGGGAGGGCAAAAGCUCAGCAGCAAACACAAUACUGAGAAAAGAACGCUUCGAAUCUUCUCGAACUCAAACACUACAGGCCGAAGCCAGACACGAAAUCGUGGAAGGCCGCAACCUGGUGUUUGUCGACACUCCGGGAUGGAAGCGCUCGCCUUCCCUCAACGAGAUUCCAGAGAGAGACAAGCAACAAUUUAAGCUAUAUGCCUCCAAGUGCCAACCGGGACCGCACGCCUUCCUCCUUGUGGUCCCUACAGAUGCCAGCUUCUCCCAGAAAGAGAAAAAGGCCGUGCUAGACUACAUGAAGCUGCUGGGGAAUCGGGUGUGGAGCUACACCAUGGUCCUGUUCACCUUCGGAGACUACCUGGGCAAGAAGACCAUCGAGCAGCACAUUGAGAGCGAGGGUGCGGCACUCACCUGGCUGAUAGGAAAAUGUAACGACAGAUACCACGUGCUCAACAACAAGGACAAGAGCAACUUAUCUCAGGUCAUUCAAUUGUUGGAGAAGAUCGACGACAUGGUACGUGAGAAUAGCGACGGCUACUACAUGCUGGACAACAGCGUCUUCCAUGCUAUUCAGAAGAGGGACGAAGUGGCGAAGAAGGCCCAACAGCGAUUCAGGCAGGCUUUGGAGCAACAAGAGGAACUGAAUAAGAUUGUUUCAGAUGUAGAAAUGAAGCCCAUCCAGAAACUUCAGAUUAUUCUCCUGGGCAGCCAUGGUGUUGGCAAAACCUCCGUGAUGAACACCAUCCUGGGUAUCAAAGAACAAGAAGACGAAACAACGGUGCUUUCUCAGCUUCACGAGGGCAGGGUGGGCAGGAUGGAAAUAGCAGUUGUGGACACGCCCGGUUGGCGGAAAGGCUCCCCCGCGCGUGACACACCGGAAAUGAUCAAGGAUGAGGUUGUGCAUAGCCUGCUCAAGUGCCGCCCUGGGCCCGAUGUCUUCUUGCUGGUGAUCGAUGCAGAUGCUUCGUUCAACCGCAGGCACCUGGAAGCAGCCACCACACACGUUGAGCUGUUUGGGUUGAACGUGUGGAAACACACCAUGGUGGUGUUCACCCGAGGAGACUGGCUGGGCUCACGCAGCAUCGAAGAAUACAUUGAGGGUGAAGGCAAAUAUCUGCAGAAUCUGCUGGAAAUAUGCGGGAACAGAUAUCACGUCCUGGACAACAUGAACGAAUACGACGGCGCUCAGGUUGACAAGCUGCUGGAGAAAAUCAUUCAGACGCUGGCAGGGAAUGGUGGGCAACAUUUUGCACCCAAGAAGGAGAUGUUGGAUGCCCUGAGAGAGAAGGAAAAAAAAGUGCAACUUGCUGUCGAUCGGAGAACUCAACUCAAGGCCACCAGAGGAGUGAAAGGUCCUACCAAAAAGUUGCACGAGAUAAAAAUCUUGAUACUUGGUGAAAAGAAGUCCGGAAAGACAACAGCAGCAAAUUUGAUCCUGCGAGAUAAAGUCUUCCCUACGCAACCAAAUCACGGGUGUAUGGCCAAGCAGGCACCGGUCGCUGACAGGCAGGUCACAGUGGUCGACACCCCUGGCUGGGCAGCAGAGGAGUCCCAGUGCACCCGGGAACAGGACCGACAAAUAGUCAGCGGUCUGACCCUGAGUCCUCAGGGGGUCGACGCUGUUCUGAUUGUGUGGUCCUUGGAUGUGAAGUUCAGGGAGGCCAAUCAUGAUGCCCUGGUGGAUCACAUUACGCUCUUUGGCGACAAAAUCUGGAACCACACUAUGGUUCUGUUCACAAACGAGGACACUCUGGCAGACAAAUCCUUGGAGGAGUAUAUCGAGAAAGAAGACCCAGCACUGCGACAGUUGGUCGACAAAUGUGGAAACAAUUACCACUGUCUGAACAUCUUAGAGACACGCGAUGAUACCCAGCACGUCCAGCUCUUUAAGAAGAUAGAGGACAUGUCAGCAAAGAACCAGGGCCGCCUCUUCUGUCCCAACAUGAACGACAUCUACCGUAGUAUUGACGAAAAGUUCCAGAAGAGGAAACUUCAUUUUCGUAAUAUGUGGGUGCAGGCGUUCACAAGCCAAAGGCUGGAGCUGUUGAGAGAGCACAAGACAAAGCUGGAGAAGCUUCAUGAUAACAUAAAGGAGAUUGUUCCCUCUCCAUUGGCACCGAGCAAGGCCAAGAAGAAAUCUGUUCUGUCAGAUAUUGAACAGCAGAUUGACGAGCUGAGUAGGAACAUUAUGAAGUUAAACAAGUCAACGAACAGCAUGGACAUCUUGAUCCCUACCUUGAGUCAAUCGACACCAGAAAUUGAUAAAGUUCUGGACUGGAUGUCUAAACAUCAACGCAACAUCAAUGAUUGUGACUCGAUGCUCAACAUGUCAGAGUCAUCAGGAUACAGAUCGCUGUCUGCUUUUCCACUGGAUGACUGAGCUGCAUUAUGUUGUCGGUGUGCCUAUCAGGGAAAAGGCUUCCUGACACAAUCCCAGAACGGGCUUCUUUGGUUAAUUGAAAAUUCUAAAUUGUCUGUAAGUGUGAAAGCGUUUUUAAAUGGUUGUGUAAUUACAUUUGCUCUGAUUUCUGUCUUGUUUCCAUUCCGGAUGAAUGGGGUCGCGGGGUCGCGGGCGUACUGGAGCCUAUCCCGGCCGUCAUCGGGCAGUAGGCAGGGGACAUCCUCAACCGGCUGCCAGCCAAUCGCAAUUUUUUAAUGUUUAUAUUUCGUUUAUUUAUUUUGUAGGCCAAUUGAGGGAUUUUGAGUUUUGUUUUUAUGUUUAUAUUUCGUUUAUUUAUUUUGUACUGGACUACAGAUAGAAAUGUAAUUUUCUGCUAAAUCUGGUGUAAGGAUCGCUUCAUGGCUUGUCAUACUAAAAAAUGUAUGUGCACAAUGAAAAAAUAAAAUAAAUAAUUUCCUGUACUCGAGAUAAAAAGUUG